AUGUCUGGUAUCAACCCUAGUCCCGAACGGCGGCCGCGAGCACUCGCCGACAUUCACUACAACAACCUGAUCAAUGACACAGCAACGUCAUCCGAAGAUGAGGGUCCCGAGACUCGAGCCAUUGCACCAGCCGAAGUACAAUCCCUCGUCGGAGUCAGUCUUGGACGAGCCCAGACGCGCCUGAUCUUGCCUCAGACUCCGGCAGCAGAAAAGCAAGCAGCCAUUGACGAGCAGGGAGGCUUUUUCGGUGGUCCCCAGAUCCAAGAUGAUGCAGACCUGGACGACGACGAUGCACCCACGCAAGAGCCAGAACGUGUGUCCAGACCAGUGACAAGAGACGGAGAACUAGUGCAAGAGAGACCAACAACGGGACAAAGGCCGGCGACGACAACAGGGGAGACAACGGUGCGCCUACCCUCACCAUGGCGCGCUGCGCCUAAGAAGUUCAAGAGGACGGACGAGAGCCGCUCUAUGCUCAAGGAUGGUUUCCGCCGACGAGCUUCCUCGACCAGUCCAGGUCCGGGCUCCUCGCUGGACAACUGGCGAGACGCACUCAAGACCAGCAUACACAACUUUACAUCGCCCUUCUCCACCACCCACCCGCAAGACCCUGCCCACAAGACCCGUCCGCCCAACAGACAGAGACGCUCAGGCUCUUUGUUCGCAUCAUUGGCUUCGCUGUCGUCCUCGUCGUCCACCCACACACUCCCUACGAGACCUCGCAGAAAUAACAGCAUUGCUGGCAUACCCGCCGACUCACAACCUCGUUUACCUGGAAAUCCUCCGACCGCAUCAAACGAGUCGAUUCCUGAAACUUCGUCGCACGAGACGCCUCCUCACCAUGUUCUGCAACACCCCAAGACCACAUCUGUGCAGAGAAGCCCACCAUCAGACGAAUCCACCUCUGGUAACGGCAACCCCCACUUUGUUCCAAUUCGUCCAGCCACCGGCAAGACAACCAUCGGUCAACCUGAAAAAACUCUGAGCCCUAUGUCCAGAGUCAAUAGUGGCAGGAGUCAUCGAAGCUUGCGACGCUCUGCCUCCGAGUCCUCCCUACAUACUUUCCGCACUCUCUCACGAGUACCGUCCCUCGGUGACGACAGCCGCUUCGAGCAUGUACAAGCACAGGUCAACAGCAGAAUGAAGGCCAUCAGGGACAGCUGGCAGGACACUAAUAUCAGACUGCCACUCUUGCCUUCAUUUUCUUCCUUGUCCGAGCUUUCCCUCACACGCGCAAACUCGUUCUCGAAGAAGAGUCAAACCUCAAAUCCCAGCUCUUCAACUAAUGCUCUUCCAUCAUCUGCAAAUCAAAGGUACAGCACCAACUUGCCCAGAGCGACGACGGCCCCGCAAGCGAACAAGACUGCCCAACAGCAUCCUCAUUUCUCCAAAGCGCUUAAUGAUUUGACUGGUGAUGUCGUUGUACUUGGAGGCUACCGUGGUUCUAUACUAAGAUCCGCCGAACCACCCCACAGACAGUUGUGGGCACCUAUCAAGGUCGGCUUGAAUGUGAGGAAGGUAGAUCUCGAAGUCGGCCUCGAUGCCGAUGCUGACGAAAAAGCCCAAGAAAAGAUCAUCCCAGGCGGCAUGCUCACUCACAUUGGCCCUGUUGACAUAUCUAGACGCUUGUUCAAACGUAUGCGUGCCUCUGAAAAUGUUAAAAGUGGGAAGCUACGCGUUCAUGAUUAUGGCUACGAUUGGCGUUUGGAACCACUGUUCCUGAGCAAACAGCUCAUCGAGUUUUUGGAAAAGCUGCCGUGCAACAGACCUGGAACUCCCAAGGAAAAGCGUGGUGCAACAGUCAUUGCGCAUUCUUUGGGAGGCCUCAUCACCAGGCAUGCUGUGAAUCAGCGACCAGAGCUUUUCGCCGGGGUGGUGUAUGCAGGUGUGCCCAGGACUUGUAUCAACAUUCUCGGUCCCUUCAGGAACGGCGAUGAUGUGCUCCUUAGUAGCCGUGUCCUCACUGCUCAGGUCAACUUCACCAUUCGUACGAGUUUCGCUCUCUUGCCACUCGAUGGCCGCUGUUUCUUUAACAAGGAGACCAAGGAAGAAUACCCAGUCGACUUCUUCGAUCCACAGACUUGGAUCGACUAUCGUCUCUCUCCCUGCAUAGCUCGACCAUUGCCAUCUCUCAACGAUCCUCCGCCGCCGACCGGCCUGGCCGGUGUCAUGAACAGCAUGGCGGGCGUGAUGAACAGCAUGGUGCCCGGUCGCAAAAACAGCAUCUCCCGUGCAAAACAAGCAAUCCAACACCCUGCCGCCCACGCCAUCGAUGGCCUUGUCAAUCCUCCGGAAAUGGACGGUUCAGCAGCGGCUGGCAGCAGCGACAAGGCCGAAGCGAAGGGCAACAUCGACUACAACGGUACCGACAACAUGACACCUCAGAUGGACCCCAGCAGCACUGCUCCCUCCAAAAACUCGACGGACGCAGCAAACAGCGAUCCAAACACAUCCAUCGCGACCACUGUGACCAUCCCUCGCGACCAAGCGAUCGCAUACCUCACCCGCAUGCUCGCCUCUGUCAAAAGGUUCAAGGAGGAACUGUUCUUCCACCCACCUCACGCAGAGGCCAACGCAUACCCACCCGCCGCCGUCAUCUAUGGCAAAACGACACCUACGGUAUACGGUGCCAAGGUGGUUAGCAGAGAAGCCAUCAAACACGCCUCCGCAUACGACAAUCUGGCAUUUGCGUCAGGCGAUGGCGUUGUGCUUGCCAAGGCUGCCAUGCUGCCUGAUGGGUAUCAAGUCGCUAGGGGUGGACUGGUGAGCUCAGAGCGCGGUCAUGUUACUCUACUAGGUGACUUGGAGGCCGUGGGGAGGUGUUUGAGGGCGGUGCAAGCGGCGAGAAGAAAAGGUGUUGGUAUGGGUGCGCAGUAG